CGGAAACUACCGCUACGAGCACCCACUGAACGUGAACUCAAUCUUCACCUUGUUGCAGUCUUGGCCGCAGAGAAAGCUGCACUUGCUGAAGAGCGGAAAAAAUGCGACGAGCUUUAUGGAAAACUUCUUGCUGCUGAAGCAGAACUAGCUAACGUAAAACAGCGUGCGCUUUGGCAAGAAAAAGAAAUGGAGUUGUUGAGAUUGCUUCUGCGAUCCCCAUCGGGACCCACGCUAACGUCUGAAAAGCCAAAGAAAUGUUCAAAAUCUGCGAGGUCGUAUUGUUCCGCCGAUGGAAGUGGUCUAGCUAAGGACGAUUCAUGCGGCGUUUCGGAUCAAGAUGAUGAUGCUGAAUCGAAGCAUAGCUACGCGGAUGAUUUGAAGCUUGAAGCAACAUCGAGCGCUGCAUCGCCUGCAACCUCGUCUUCACCGGCUGAACAGCCACAACAGAACUUACUUCUCGGUAUCGCUCAAUAUAUACUGUGUCAACUCUGUCCCGAGCAGACCCCUGACCUCAAAGUUAUGGAAGAUCAUUUCCUAAGGACGCAUGUCAACAAGGUAGUAAAUCGUUUAAAUGCCUUUCAAUGUCUGUAAAC